AUGGAGACCCUGGGCCAGUCGGAGCCCUACUUUGUCAAGUGUAUCCGCUCCAAUGCAGAGAAGGUAUAUUCCGCUAACAGCUACUGUAGGAACAGCUUCUUCAGUUAGGUUAGAUGAUAAUGUAACAAUGAAACCACUGAACAAUGAAAUUGUCUGUUAAUUACGUAGCCUGUUAUAGCCAAUUAUACAGUGUUUUAAAUCUCUUUCCUUCCCUCUCUGUCUCUCUCUCCUUCCCUCUCUCUGUCUCUCUUUCCUUCCCUCUCUCUGUCUCUCUCUCCUUCCCUCUCUCUGUCUCUCUCUCCUUCCCUCUCUCUGUCUCUCUUUCCUUCCCUCUCUCUGUCUCUCUUUCCUUCCCUCUCUCUGUCUCUCUCUCCUUCCCUCUCUCUGUCUCUCUCUCCUUCCCUCUCUCUGUCUCUCUUUCCUUCCCUCUCUCUGUCUCUCUUUCCUUCCCUCUCUCUGUCUCUCUCUCCUUCCCUCUCUCUGUCUCUCUCUCCUUCCCUCUCUCUGUCUCUCUCUCCUUCCCUCUCUCUGUCUCUCUUUCCUUCCCUCUCUCUGUCUCUCUUUCCUUCCCUCUCUCUGUCUCUCUCUCCUUCCCUCUCUCUGUCUCUCUCUCCUUCCCUCUCUCUGUCUCUCUCUCCUUCCCUCUCUCUGUCUCUCUCUCCUUCCCUCUCUCUGUCUCUCUUCCUUCCCCUCUCUCUGUCUCUCUUUCCUUCCCUCUCUCUGUCUCUCUCCUUCCUCUCUGUCUCUCUCUCCUUCCCGUCUUCUCUGUCUCUCUUUCCUUCCCUCUCUCUGUCUCUCUCUCCUUCCCUCUCUCUGUCUCUCUCCUUCCCUCUCUCUGUCUCUCUCUCCUUCCCUCUCUCUGUCUCUCUCUCCUUCCCUCUCUCUGUCUCUCUCUCCUUCCCUCUCUCUGUCUCUCUUUCCUUCCCUCUCUCUGUCUCUCUUUCCUUCCCUCUCUCUGUCUCUCUUCCUUUCCUUCCCUCUCUCUUCUCUCUUCCCUCCUCCGUCUCUCUCUCCUUCCCUCUCCUCUCCUCUCUCCCUCCUGUCCUCUCUCUCCUUCCCUCUCUCUGUCUCUCUUUCCUUCCCUCUCUCUGUCUCUCUUUCCUUCCCUCUCUCUGUCUCUCUUUCCUUCCCUCUCUCUGUCUCUCUCUCCUUCCCUCUCUCUGUCUCUCUCUCCUUCCCUCUCUCUAUCUCUCUUUCCUUCCCUCUCUCUUUCUCUCUUUCCUUCCCUCUCUCUGUCUCUCUUUCCUUCCCUCUCUGUCUCUCUUUCCUUCCCUCUCUCUGUCUCUCUCUCCUUCCCUCUCUCUGUCUCUCUUUCCUUCCCUCUCUCUUUCUCUCUUUCCUUCCCUCUCUGUCUCUCUUUCCUUCCCUCUCUGUCUCUCUCUCCUUCCCUCUCUCUGUCUCUCUUUCCUUCCCUCUCUCUGUCUCUCUCUCCUUCCCUCUCUCUGUCUCUCUUUCCUUCCCUCUCUCUGUCUCUCUCUCCUUCCCUCUCUCUGUCUCUCUCUCCUUCCCUCUCUCUGUCUCUCUUUCCUUCCCUCUCUCUGUCUCUCUCUCCUUCCCUCUCUCUGUCUCUCUCUCCUUCCCUCUCUCUGUCUCUCUUUCCUUCCCUCUCUCUGUCUCUCUCUCCUUCCCUCUCUCAGCUCCCCCUGCGUUUCAACGAUGCCCUGGUACUCAGGCAGCUGAGGUACACAGGCAUGCUGGAGACCGUCCGCAUCCGCCAAUCAGGAUACGCCAUCAAAUACACCUUCCAGGUAAGCCCUCACGCCAACCAAUCAGGAUACAGCACUGAAGUCAUGGGCACAGAUUAGCGGAUCAGAUACACAAUACUGUGUGUUACUUAGUUGAAUGCACUUGACUGUAAGUCGCUCUGGAUAUGACCGUCUGUUAAAUGACUAAAAUGUAACUGUCAAAAUGUACUGGUCAAUGGUCGUAAUUCUCACUGAACGGAAUGUUGAUGUAGUGAUGUCACAUCCAUGCACUUGGAAUGUAAACAGUCUUAUUUACAGACUGUAAGACAUGUCAACCCUAACUUGUAUUUUGAAGUCACUGUUGAUAUGUUAUUUUAAAUCUCUUUUGGCUCGUCUUUGCAGGACUUUGUGCGUCACUUUCGUGUGCUCUUACCAGACAUUACUAGACCAACCAAGUCUGGCAUCAGGGAGUUCUUUCGUCAAGUUCAUCUAGCACCCGCUGGGUAUCAAGUUGGCAACACAAUGGUAUGCACCCCCUCCUCUCUCUCUCUCUCGCUCUCUCUCUCUCUCUCUCACGCAUUGCAGCCUUUCUGUUCCCUGGGGGUGGAUGUGUCUAGUCACUAACGGCCCCUCCCCCCCCCUUUCUGUUCCCUGGGGGUGGAUGUGUCUAGUCACUAACGCCCCCCCCCCCCCCCCUUUCUGUUCCCUGGGGGUGGGUGUGUCUAGUCACUAACGGCCCCCCCCCCCCCCCCCCCCUUUCUGUUCCCUGGGUGUGGGUGUGUCUAGUCACUAACGGCCCCUCCCCCCCCUUUCUGUUCCCUGGGUGUGGGUGUGUCUAGUCACUAACGGCCCCUCCCCCCCCUUUCUGUUCCCUGGGUGUGGGUGUGUCUAGUCACUAACGGCCCCUCCCCCCCCCCUUUCUGUUCCCUGGGUGUGGGUGUGUCUAGUCACUAACGGCCCCUCCCCCCCCCCUUUCUGUUCCCUGGGUGUGGGUGUGUCUAGUCACUAACGGCCCCUCCCCCCCGGGUCUCUCUCUGUGCUGCAGGUGUUCCUGCGGGAGGCGGAGCGACAGCGGCUGCAGGCCCUGCUCCACACGGAGGUGUUGGGACGCAUCGUCACGCUGCAGCGCCGCUUCCGAGCCCGGCUGGAGAGGAAACACUUCAUCAACAUGAGACAGGCCGCUGAUGUCAUCCAGGUGAGAUGGCGUAGUUUGGGCACCACACCAGUUACUGUAUAGAAUGACAUGGGUAGAAUCAAUAUGCCUGCCAGUCUAACCAUCACGGAACAUUGACUUGAACGGGAAUGUCCGUUCUUGUAUUUCCAUUUCUUCUUUUUUGUAACCUUUUUUUUUUGUGGUAUUUUAUUGGUUUUAUUGAACAGAGAGGACAGUGGAGAGAACACAGGAAAGUGGGGAGAAGUGCGCUGGGUCGGAUUCAAACCCAACUCUGGUUUUUGUGUGCAGCACUGACUGCUAGACCACACAGGUCAUAGUAAAUCCAUGUCUGUGUGUUAACACUAGAAGCGCUGAGACUAUCACUUUGACUGGCAUAUGAAUAAAUUAAUACAAUUAUUACCAUUUUCAAAGUCAUGUGCCCCCCCAUCCUUGACAAAGUCAUGUCCCCCCCCAUCCUUGACAAAGUCAUGUCCCCCCCCAUCCUUGACAAAGUCAUGUCCCCCCCCCAUCCUUAACAAAGUCAUGUCCCCCCCAUCCUUGACAAAGUCAUGUCCCCCCCAUCCUUAACAAAGUAAUGUCCCCCCCAUCCUUGACAAAGUCAUGUCCCCCCCCAUCCUUAACAAAGUCAUGUCCCCCCCAUCCUUGACAAAGUCAUGUCCCCCCCCCCCAUCCUUGACAAAGUCAUGUCCCCCCCCAUCCUUGACAAAGUCAUGUCCCCCCCAUCCUUGACAAAGUCAUGUCCCCCCCCAUCCUUAACAAAGUCAUGUCCCCCCCCAUCCUUGACAAAGUCAUGUCCCCCCCCAUCCUUAACAAAGUCAUGUCCCCCCAUCCUUAACAAAGUAAUGUCCCCCCCAUCCUUGACAAAGUCAUGUCCCCCCCAUCCUUAACAAAGUCAUGUCCCCCCAUCCUUAACAAAGUCAUGUCCCCCCCAUCCUUAACAAAGUCAUGUCCCCCCAUCCUUAACAAAGUCAUGUCCCCCCCAUCCUUAACAAAGUCAUGUCCCCCCCCCAUCCUUAACAAAGUCAUGUCCCCCCCAUCCCUAACAAAGUCAUGUCCCCCCCCAUCCUUAACAAAGUCAUGUCCCCCCCCAUCCUUAACAAAGUCAUGUCCCCCCCAUCCUUGACAAAGUCAUGUCCCCCCCAUCCUUGACAAAGUCAUGUCCCCCCCCCCAUCCUUAACAAAGUCAUGUCCCCCCCAUCCUUGACAAAGUCAUGUCCCCCCCCCAUCCUUAACAAAGUCAUGUCCCCCCAUCCUUGACAAAGUCAUGUCCCCCCCAUCCUUAACAAAGUCAUGUCCCCCCCAUCCUUAACAAAGUCAUGUCCCCCCAUCCUUGACAAAGUCAUGUCCCCCCCCAUCCUUAACAAAGUCAUGUCCCCCCCCAUCCUUAACAAAGUCAUGCCCCCCCCAUCCUUGACAAAGUCAUGCCCCCCCCCCCCCCAUCCUUGACAAAGUCAUGUCCCCCCCCAUCCUUGACUUUUCCUAUGUAAGUAUAUUCAACUGCCGUUGUUAGAAUUUGGAAAACACAGUGUUUGUGUUCUAAGCAGUUUUAGAAGGACAUGCUCUUCCUUCACCUGACAUUCGGCUGCCAUCUGACAAUGGCCCAUCGAAACUACACCUAAACUAUAUUGAAACUAAUUGCACACAUAUAAUAAUAGAUGUAGCCUAAAGACAAGAGUACAUUGACAAUAGACUGAUGGGUGACAAUAUGAUCAAUUGUCUUGUGAAUGAGGAGACUGCAGUGCAGCGUGGGUAAUUGACAAAGAAGGGAACGGAGCUUACCAAAAAAAGCAAUUUUUUAUUCAGCAUAGCCUAGAGCCCUCUAACUCAUCUCUGGACCUGGAAGCCAGUUCCACUGCCUUUUUUUCAUUGUUCCCCUCUAAUCAGGGACUGAUUUAGACCUGGGACACCAGGUGUUCCAAGAAAUGAUCACUUAGAACACCAAACCAGCAGGCUCCGGACCUCGUAGGGUAAGAGUUGAAGACCCCUGGUGUAGGUUACUAAGCACCGACUAGUAACAUAAUAAAACGUAAAAUAUGCUAUUCUGUUCUUUUAAAAUACAAUUUAUUAGUUUCAUAAUGUUUCUUAAGACCUGCCUUAACAAAAUAAUAAUACAUUUCUGGUGUUUAACACUUGAAUUGUGGUGUUUUCUUACAUGUAGCUUACAGUAACAUAAUCUAAUUAAAAUACAAUUGUGUUCUUUAAAAUAUACUUUGGGGGGCAAUAGCAUAUACUGUAUUAAAUGUAUUUAUUAGACAGAAUGUUGACGCCAAAAACACGUUCAUUGACUCAGAACUUGAGGUGCAGCUUUUCUAGUUUUACAGAGUAGAGGACAGUGGGGUAAAGUACUUAAGUAAAAAUACUUUAAAGUACUACGUAAAUAGUUUAUUGGAUAUCUGUACAUUUCGAUUUUUUACAACUUUUACUUUUACUCCACUACAAAAUAAUGUACUUUUUACUCCAUACAUUUUCCCCUGACACCCAAAGUGCUAGUUACAUUUUGAAUGCUUAGCAGGACAGGAAAAUGGUCCAAUUCACGCACUUAUCAAGAGAACAUGCUGGUCAUCCCUACUGCCUCUGAUCUAGCGGACUCACUAAACACACAUGCUUCGUUUGUAAAUUAUGUCUGAGUGUUGGAGUGUGCCCCUGGCUGAAAAUCGUGCCGUCUGGUUUGCUUAAUAUAAGGAAUUUGAAAUAUAAUAAUAAUAAUAUGCCAUUCAGCAUGAUUACACAGACCUGUCAACGGGCAAUAGCAGUAGCUGUUUGAAAAGUUGAAUUUCUUUUUAGGUUAAAGACAGCCAUUUCCUUGUAGAAAUAAACCAAAACGGAGAGUUGAAAUAGUCUCGCAAAGUGUUUAAAAAAAAAUAGUUUUUACUCACAGCGUAUAAAUACGACCAACUGCUAAUUUAGAAAUGUUAUUCUCUGGGGCCGUUAAAUGGAUUUUGUUCGGUAGCUGUGUUCAUUUGUUUCAAUCUCCACACUCAGAAGAACAAAGAAACUGUGGAUUUAGUUUAUAACUGUAGAGAGAUGUUGUCAACUUGAUGUGAGUUGUUCACAGAGUUUUUAUUUUAGCUAAUCAAACAUUCAGGCACUGUAUGUUUUGUCAAAUAUCUGUCGGGAUAUCCAUAUCAACCUGCCAUUGUAUCUGGAAUAACAAAUGUAUUGCGUUCCAAAAACUUCUAUAGACUUCUAUACCUUAUUAAUGUAUCUCAGUAGAUGUUUACCCACUAGAGGUCUUCCUGGGGUAUAUUCGGUUCACAUACAAAUUGGGCCUUAAAGGGUAAGUUUUGUAAAAUAUGAAUCAUUUUUCAAGCAUUUUCUUACCUCGAAAGGAUUCUCGAUACUACUCUAAAACUUUAAAACCGCUCACAUACAAUUAAUUCCAACAUAUACUGCAACGAUAAUACCCCAGUCAAUAAACAUUCUCAGUUUUUUCCACAAAUAUGACUUUAUACUUGAAUUCACUUUGUUAAUUCAUAUUUCUCAAUUCUCUCCUCUCCUCAGCGGUGGUGGCGGGGCUGCCUGCUCAGACAGGAGGAGGCUGCAGUGGACCCAGCCGUCCAGGAAGAGGAAGCAGGGGUCCCAGCCAUCCAGGAAGAGGAAGCAGGGGUCCCAGCCAUCCAGGAGGAGGCUGCAGUGGACCCAGCCGUCCAGGAAGAGGAAGCAGGGGUCCCAGCCAUCCAGGAGCAGGCUGCAGUGGACCCAGCCGUCCAGGAAGAGGAAGCAGUGGACCCAGCCGUCCAGGAAGAGGAAGCAGUGGACCCAGCCGUCCAGGAAGAGGAAGCAGUGGACCCAGCCGUCCAGGAAGAGGAAGCAGUGGACCCAGCCGUCCAGGAGCAGGUUGCAGUGGACCCAGCCGUCCAGGAGCAGGCAGCAGAGGACCCAACAAUCCAGGAGGCAGCAGUGGACCCAGCCGUCCAGGAAGAGGAAGCAGGGGAUCCAGCCAUCCAGGAGCAGGCUGCAGGGGACCCAGCCGUCCAGGAAGAGGAAGCAGUGGACCCAGCUGUCCAGGAGCAGGCUGCAGGGGACCCAGCCAUCCAGGAGCAGGCUGCAGGGGACCCAACCAUCCAGGAGCAGGCUGCAGUGGACCCAGCCAUCCAGGAGGGGGCAGCAGUGUGCCUGCAGGCAUCGUGGAGGUGCUACAGGCAGUGCAGGCGGUUCCUGCAGUGGAGGGACUCUGCCCUGAUAAUACAGAGGCGCUGGAGAAACUGCUGGCAGCACAGGGCUCUGGCGGCCAUUACGGUGCAAACAGCCUGGCGGGCCUACAGAGAGAGAGCCCACUACUGUAGGACACGUGGUGCAGUUAUGCUGCUACAGGCAGCGUGCAGGGGCUACAUGGCACGCCUAAGGUAACUAGGAGUGAUAAACAUUUAUAUUUUAUGAUAUACGCUGAGUAUAUCAAACAUUAAGAACACCUUCCUAAUAUUGAGUUGCACCAUCCCCUUUGCCCUCAGAACAGCCUCAAUUCAUCGGGGCAUGGACUCUACAAGGUGUCGAAAGUGUUCCACAGGGAUGCUGGCCCAUGUUGACUCCAAUGCUUCCCACAGUUGUGUCAAGUUGGCUGGAUGUCCUUUGGGUGGUGGACCAUUCUUGAUACACACGGGAAACUGUUGACUGUGAAAAACCCAGCAGCGUUGCAGUUCUUGAUACAAACCGGUGCGCCUGGCACCUACUACCAUACCCAAUUCAAAGGCACUUAAAUAUUUUGUCUUGCCCAUUCACCCUCUGAAUGGCAAGCAUACACAAUCCAUGUCUCAGUUGUCUCAAGGCUUAAAAAUCCUUCUUUAACCUGUCUCCUCCCCUUCAUCUACACUGAUUGAAGUGGAUUUAACAAGUGACAUCAAUAAGAGAUCAUAUCUUUCACCUGGAUUCACCUGGUCAGUCUAUGUCAUGGGAAUAUGUUUUUCUUAAUGUUUUGUAAACUCAGUGUAUAUAAAGAUGGACAAUAUGGAAUUAUAUUCUAAAUAUGAUCAAACAUGGUGUAACGGUUUUGACUUGAGGUUAGGGGUGCCAGGUACGUUGUGCCUACCAGAGAAAAUAUUGAUUUCUCCUUUUUGUUUGUGAGGGAAUGAGUCCCGUCCGUCAAUACAAGGAACUCAUGUAAAAGUCAGAAUGGAAAUACACUUUACGUAAACCCUUAAAACAUUGGAAAUAACUUCAAAACAACUGAGUUAUUUUGCGUUGGUUAUAAAUAAAUGAUCACACGCAUAAUAACAUCGUAACACAAUGAUCACUGGUUCCUCGAGAAAGUGCCGUACCUUGGGCCUAAAGAGAGUCCAGCCUGGUAAAGGAGUUUGAGUGAACUCAAGUGGCCUCAGUCACGCAAUGUUUUUCCAGUCAUAAAGUGCAGAUUAAACCCAGUCUUAAUCAUAUAAUCAGAAUCUCAACAUCUUUUACCAAACAACGAUAAAGGUUAUCAGAACUCCCAGUAGUCUUCACUAGCCGCUGAACACAUAACCCAACACGGUGUAAAUCCCACUAAAACAAAUGAAAUACCGGUUGGAAAACGGAGUAAAGGUGCUUGGGAACAGCUGAUGCUGGCUAUUUAAUGGGGAAUUAAAGGCAAGCGCCCCAUCGGCAGGAGAUGCACUGAGACGGUUCAGACAAAUUCAGUGCCGUCACAAUAGCUCUAAAACACCUGAUUCAUGUAGUUAUAAUUGGUUCAAGAUAAACACAUUAAGUGUGUUUUAUUGCUGGGCUGGAACAAAAGCUUGCACGCCCUAUUGCUCCCAGGUUCAAAUGAUUAGCCUUUCCCUACACUGAUGAAGAACACAUUGGAAAAGAGUAGGAAUGGUAGGUAGAUUGCUUUAAGCUGUGUUCGCUUACAGUUUGACUCCCUGUUUCCUAUAGGUUCACAGAACUAAAAGAGCAGAGUCAGCAUAAAAGGCAGUUGCUCAAUGGACCAUGUAGCCCCACCACAGAAGAAGAGGAGGCAGAGAGGACCAUGGGCCCGGAUACGGACACCUCGGAGGACCAUGUCCUCGAGAUCACACGCGAUCAGGACAUCCAAAAUGUCUCCACAGUCUGGCCUACUGAAGACUCUAAGGAGGAAGAGGAGGUGGAUGGGGAGAGUGAGAGAAGACCGAAUAUAGAGUCAGAAAACAAACAGAGUGUAGAGCCCAGCAGCCACAAGACACGGGCCAAGAGACAGAGCCGGCGUAUGAGGGAGCUGGAGCAGACCCAGUUCAGCCUGGAGCUACUCAAGGUGCGGACCCACAGAAAGGGAGGGACUCUGCCAGAAGAGGAAACCCAUGUACCCCUGUGUCCGGACAGCAUCCCCUGUCCCCUGGACGACAACCAACACCACCGGCCCUCCUCCCCCCACCGUGGCUCUCCUGAUGAGCUGCUUGACACCUCCAUAGACGUGGAGGCGGGAGGGCCUGGUUACCCCGGUUGCCAUGUUAACCAGUCAGCGCCGCGCCGGACUUCUUCCCAAGAGGAUUUAGUCAGACCAGGGUCUCCCGUUCACACCCCCCCAGAGUCCCAGUCCCAGUCCCAGCCACAGCACCCAAAGGUGGUAAAAGAGAAUGAUCUAAGCCCCAGGACGGAGGAGCUACCGCCCAUGCUACCGCCCCCUAUCAAGGAAGUGGUGGUGGAGGCUACACAAGCUACCUUCUUCAUCCCUUCUAAGGACCAAAGCAGUGAGCCCAAGCCUAAGCAAGAGAGCCCCAACAAGCCUGUGAAGGAGAGGAGAGAGUCCGCAUCUCGACGGCCCAUGGUGGUUGUCAUCAGUAUGCAGAAGGAGACCCUGCUGGACGAAGGGGAGCUGUGGGCAGCGAAAGCCCAGGAGAGUGCACUCCAGAUGGGUGUAACCACCGCAACAUCCUCCCCUACACCCAUCGCCGGCCUGGAAGUAUCAGAGAAGGCCCAGCCGCCCAGGACUGUUACCAAGCCUCCGAGAGACUUAGCUGGGAUCGACAUGUCUAGUUUGGUGCCAUCCUCCAACUCCAGCCAUGGCCUUUGUCCUUCCGAGGUAGAUAUCCAGAUAGUUCUGGAGCCCAAGGCCCCCGCCGGUGAAGUCAUACCCAGCCAGCAGGAGAGGUGCAGGCCAGCGCAGGACAACUGGGUCUCCACCAACAGUAUCCUGGAGAGCAGGGAAGCAGCCCUGGCAUCACAGAAGAAGACCCCGACCAAGACCAUCGUUGUCAAUAUGGCUGAGAAGCCCCCCACCAACACCACGUUCUCCCCCCGACGCAAGUGA